GCGUCCUUUCUGCCCCGUCAUUCUGGAAUUGUUUGACAUGCACAUUAGCAACAAAUGGACACACUCAUCGCAGCCCUAACAAAUCUCUCGGUCUGUGCUCCUGAAGCAGCAGCGGAACGCGAGGAUGUGAUCGACUUGACGACGGUGCCCGACACCUUGGACCCUCUCCCGACGACCCAGACGACCACUCCAUCCCUCCCACCGCUCUCCUCCAAAACUCUAACAGCAUCCCAGAAAUCUCUUUUGAAAAGCACUUUUGCCGAGCAUCCCGACAUUGGCGCCCUCCUUUCCCGAACAUGGCUCUCCUCUGACACAAUCAACACGUACCUUACCCUCCUCACACCCCUCCGCCCCACCAUCCUCUUCCUGAAUACGUAUUUUUGGAGCACGCUUACCAAAGAUGGGUAUGCCCGUGUGAAACGCUGGACGAGACGCUAUAAAGAGGGUAUAUAUGGAUUCACCAAGGUGGUCAUACCGAUUCACACUGGAUGUCAUUGGUGUCUCCUCACGAUUGACAACAGCACGCGCACCAUAACAUACUAUGACAGCCUUCUCAAUGACCCUACCCCCAAAUUCCGCACCCUACUCAAAUACCUUGCCGCCGAACAUGCCGAUAAAGCCACGGGCAACCUGCCAUCAUACAGUACGCAUCAUGCCAAAUGUCCACAACAAACAGAUGGGAGUAGUUGUGGGAUCUGGUUGUGUUUGUUCAUAAGAAAGUUUAUUGGGGAUGAUGUAUCUUUGGAUGUGGAAGAGUUCAGAUGGAAGUUGGCAUGGGAAUUGGUGGCAGGCUGUGUCGGGUGACUCUUGGGUACCGGCGAAUGGGCCGUCCUCAUACUUGUAGAACCAACUAUUACUGCAACUCAAGAUGGUGCUGAACGUUCAUGCACAUUGCGGAUAGGGUUCUACUCUAUUCAGCUCGUCUCACUUUCGAUGAGGGGCAACCGGGGACCAGAGGAUCUAUCAUUACCUACCGACAAUGUACAAUCUCCAGUCUAACUUUAAGAGAAAGGGUAGAUACUACAUUGAUUAUCAUAACUACACUUGAUGAGCACCCUGUGCAUUUGCUCCC